CUGAUUUUGGCGAUGGGCUUCCACGAGAAAGGACGAUCCCUGAUGAAGAGGAAACAGUUUGACGACGCUCUGUGUCACCUGCUGCAGGCCGACCAGCAGUUCAGUAAGUGCGGCUCGGCGCUGCUCGGUUCUGUGGAUAACUUUGCAGUUCUGCAGUUGGACAUCGUGUGGUGCUAUCGCGCUCUGGAGGCUCUGUCCUGUUUAGACGACGGCAGAGCGAGACUCCAGCGAGCAGAGUCCAGCUUCCUCCAAGUGUACGGAGAACAACAACAACGACUCCGCAUGAUCAAGGGUAACACGGGUCGAGAGGAGGUUCUGUUCCUGCGUCUGUAUCUGCUCCAGAGUCUGUUGGCUUAUAUCGAAGGAAACGACGCUCAGGCCAGACAACAGCUCUCCAAGGUGGAGGUUCUGUUCCGGCGUCUGAGUCCGGACGUGGAGAAGAUGGAGCAGCUCAUGACUCUGGGCUUCAGCGAGAGAGAAGCUCGACUGGGACUGAGAGCCUGUGAAGGAGACGUCCAAGAGGCAGCACUGCACAUCAGCUCCCAGAGACAGGAGCGUGAGGAGAUGAAGGCGAGGGAGCGGCAGAAGCGUCGUUCUCGUCUUGAAGCGAUUUCUAUUUUGAGCGGAUUUGGCUUCAACCGAAAAGACGCGGCGAGAGCUCUGAACCAGACCAGAGGAAACGUGGACCAGGCCUACACCAUUCUGUUAAACUCUCGUCAAAUUGCCGAAGCCUCAAACAAUAAUUGUCCCGAGUCAGUGAGUCCAGAGAAAGUGGAACAGCUCUUGUACCUGGGUUUCGAGCGCGGUCCCUCUGAGGCGGCGCUCGCUCUCACACGCGGAGACGUCCAGGCCGCCGCUCAGCUCCUGCUGGAGAACCAGGGCGAGCUCCCUCCACACCUCACCCACGAGUCGAGCUCCUCACGCCCCACGCCGGACGACACCGCCCCCUCGUCCUCCACCUCCAGCUCCUCAACCUCCACCUCCAGCAGCCCCCCCACCUCCAGCACCUCCACAGAGGAGGAGGAGAUGGUCAGUGAGGUGUUGGAGGACAUCUCCCGACACGAGGAGGAUUAUCUGGACUUGACUCUGGAGGAGGAGAGUGAACUCAUCGCCACACUGCAGUCCCACCUGAGCCGCCCCGCGCACACACUCUGAACACACACACACUCACACACACACACACACA